GGGCCCCCCUGUCGUAGGUGUACUCAGGCAGCUGAUCAGUUUGCUGAUGCCUUGGGCCGGCUCUGACAGUAAUCUGUAGUUAUAAGCGUUGGUAAAUAAAUUAGAUGGAAAGAGACUUAAAGGUAGAUUUCAUUACAUCUUGUUGGUACUAGCACUCCCUUCAUCCAGCCUCCUUUUCCCGGCAGGAGGAGCGCUUCUCUCUGGAUUAUCCUCUGCACUGUUUGGAUGGCUGCGCACGACCCCGCCCGCUCCCGUGACGCAGCGCAUCUCUUUACGCGCAGAUGCCGGAGUCGAAGCGACAGGCGCGCACAUCUCUUAGGGGCUGAGCGCAUCCACUACCGGACACGGUAGAGGGAAGAUCAGCCGGUGUGCAUCCGACAGGGACCCCCCGGACCGCGGGGUAGGAUGCUCAGAACGAGCCGCUCCGUGGGCAGCAGUACUUGAAGAACUGCGGUCCAUCCACUGGAGCGCUUUAAGAUUGAUCUCGAAUCAAUUCCUGUGGCUUUUUAAGAAACGCCACCGUCCAGUUUAGUAUCUAGAACCAGUUUGAGGGUAGAUCGGGGUUUGGCUUGGACACGAUGUGGAAGUCCGGGACACUACUGCUACUGUCGGUGCUGUGGGCGUCCGGUGAACUCCAGCAGGAGACAGAGCCGCGGAGAUUACCACCUCCGGGAAAGUUGAAUUUUGGUUAUGUGCCUGCGGGAGUUUACGAGACACUGGCCCAUUACGAACCCGGACCCAUAGGGAUCCUCUUCCACUUGGUGCACGCUUUCCUGCAUGCGGUGCAGCCCAACGCUUUCCCCCACGAUCUUAUUGUGAAGCUGGCAAAGGACAAGUUUGGAGCCAUUCAAACAGAAUACCAAAAGCCAGAGAACAUAGUGCUGACACUGCAGGCCAUCUACUAUGAGAUAGGCUUCCUCAUAUGUGCCGCGGUCGGCCUGCUCUUCGCCAUCCUCAUGCCGGUUGUGGGGCUCUUCUUCUGCAUGUGCCGCUGCUGCGACAACUGCGGCGGUGAGAUGCACCAACGCCAGAGGAAGAACGCGGACUGCCGGCGCGGCCUGCUGGGAACGUUACUCUUCUCCACCUCGCUGGUCAUCACGUGAAGUUCUGUUUGC